UGCAAUGUUGUAUUGUAUAUACAAGACGACGCCUCUGUGGUGAUUUCAUUUCUAUAUAAAAUAGCCAAAUGUAGAAUUCAUAAGUAUUUGUUUAAUAUUAUUUGUCUGCUAUUGUACCCGGAAAUGUUACGUUGAUUAUUUUAUGAAUUAUGGAAAUGUGCGAUCAAAUCUGGCUGUAAGAAACUAUGAAGACUUUCGCUAGUGCCAACAUAGUGGGGGCUCCAAGUGUUUCUGAUAUCUCAGAUCAAUGAUAUUAUUUAGAAGAUCAAAAUGCACAGCUGAAACUCAGCUGUUCGCAAGUCUCACGAAUUCUUGCCCAACAUCAUACGUAUCUUCUGUAAAUUUUGUUUUAAUAAGAAGACUCAAAGGCCACAAUUAGACGGAAUCAUACUCAUACCUGAUGUUAAUGUCAGGAGCGUACCACAGUGCUUUGAAUAUAUCAAAGAAGCAUUUCUUGGUGGUUAAUCUCUAUGGAAAAUAGAUGUGUCAUUAAACAAUGUCGGAGCCUUCAUGUUCAUUGAAUGAAGAACAUACCUCCAAAUCCAGGAAAGACAAGAUGGUUAAAAAGGAUUGGGAAUAUUUUGGUAAUUGGCUACAUUGCAUAUGUAUAGUCACCUUUGAUCUGGAAUUAGGUCAAGCUAUCGAGAUACAUAUAUAUUUGUUACAGGCAAUAUAUCCAAAACACAUUAAAUUAACGGAGCAAGAAAGAUCAAAUGUAUGUUAUUUAGCGUUUCCUGAUUCUAAUUCAGGUUGUAUGGGAGAUACUCAAUAUCAUGUGAAAAUUAGGCAAAAUGGAAAAACAACGCAAUAUACACAAGCUCUAAAAGAGUACAAUAGAAAGUGUCCAAUUUUUCUACAAGCUGAUAAAGAUUAUUAUUGGGGCUAUGUAUAUUUUCGACAAGUUAAAGAUAAGACUCUGCCAAGGGGAUAUUUCCAAAAGAGCAUUGUUAUGAUAACAAAAUUACCAUUUAUAAAUUUAUUCAAUGAACUAUGCGCCUUGAUAGCCCCCGAGUUCUUUGAAGUCGGCGAUACCGUUAUGGAUACAGUAAUUCAGCAGGUUGAUCAAUGGCCUCCACCUCUUCCUGGACAAAUAAUUCACUUACCUAUUAUGGGUGUUUUAUUUCAAACUUACAUUCCAAACCAAAAUUACAAAGCUCCUAUACCGAAUAUCCCUGCAAUGAACCAUGUUCCUAAUAACCAAGUGCGGAGGCUGUUCUUGACAUCUGCUUAUGAAAGUGACAUGUUUCGCAGUCUUGCCAGUGUUGUAAGUCAUGUUCAUCUUUUGUGGGAGCUUGUACUUCUCAGUGAACCAAUUGUUGUGAUGGCCAGUUCGCCAACAAUUUGUUCUGAAAUGGUACAAGCAUUGACAACAAUGAUCAUACCUUUAAAGUACUGUGCUGAUCAUCGUCCUUACUUCACAAUACAUGAUUCUGAAUUCAAGGAAUAUACUACAGAUGCUCCUGCUCCUCCAGCUGUUAUACUGGGUGUCACUAAUCCAUUUUUUGCUAAGACGUUACAACAUUGGCCACAUAUCAUUAAAAUAACUGAUGGGAUAAGUACUGGUAAUCAAAAAUAUAGAAUAAAAAAAUCAGAAAAUCUCAAAGUAUUAGAUUCAAAACCAGGUGUUUACACUCAAUACAAACCGUUUUUACAAAAAGAUAAAGCUAUAUUAAAGAAAUUGUUAAGAGGCAUUCAAACCAAAAGGCCUGGCGAAGUUCAGACUGCUCUUUUGAAAAGACAUUUGUGUGAAUUGACUGAGAGUUUUAUGAUUCCGCUAGAGAGAUAUAUUGCCAGUUUAAUGCCUUUACAAAAGAAUAUAUCGCCGUUUAAGGCAACGCCAAUUCCACAGCUAUUUAAUCCUGAUGAUUUUUUGGCCACGUUGAGUAGUGCAGGCCCACAAUUGACUAUUGGUAUAAAAGGUGAUUGGGUUGGUCUGUAUAGAAGAUUCUUCCGUUCCCCAAAUUUUGCUGGAUGGUUUCAUACCAGAUAUACCGAGCUCACACAAAAACUGCAAGCUAUACAGCUUGAAGCCCUAUCCAGAGCAGAUUUAAAGACAUGGGUUCAAGGCAAACAGGAAGUAGAAAUUGUAGACAUGAUACUAAGAAUACGACAGAAACUGGAUAAAAGUUACGACGACGAUGUUCCUAUUGGACAUGCUGUCCAGGAAAUGCUUAGGGAAAGAAUAAACGACAUCACUUGUACACUGCCUGAUGAUUUAAAAGUCAUACUGAAUCAAGAGUCUUGACAUUAUAAUUUCGUUAUUAGUGCUAUAAUGAUUAGUCCAUUAUAAUUAUCGAACAGAUACAACCUUAAUAAGGUAACCUACAAUAACUCAAAGGGGUAUGGCGUAUAACUAGAGCGUAGGAAGAGUAUCCAUUGAUCGUAACGACAAUAAUUUGUCGUUAACAGAUCAAUUUCAAACACUUACAGCAUAGCUACAAAUUUAUCAUUAUUUUCCUUGGAGUUUUAUGGAUCUUCCGCUAACAAUAAUGCUUUGCGAUUCCAACAAUUUGAUCUUUUUCCAAUUGCGUCUUAUAAACUUAAACUCGAAUUAUCACAGUGCAUGAAUUAAACUGCUUACAAAAAGAAAUUUUCAAAAGUAUUAUGAACUGUGUCUCUUGUAACAUAUCUCAUUUUCUACAGAGACAAGUCUCAGCAUGAAAUCUAAUUUAUAUUUCAAUUGUGGUCAACUUAUUAUUUCAUAUACCAGACAAGUACGAAACAUUAUUUAGAUAUUAUAAGAAUCUUAGUACGUUCCUUCUAGUUUUCUAAACAAAUUCAAGGGGAAUGUGAUAGUAAUCUCAUUCAUUUUAGUACAUAAACUCAUUUCUCAAAUAUUAUGUAACACACACCUGUUGCACACUUUGACACAAUUGUAAAUACGAAUCAUUGAUGUUAUUAAAAUCUAUUUUAAUAAUAAA